AGUUGUUUUGAGCAAAUUCACUAAAUUUUCUGGAUUUACUUUGCUGGCAGUUAAUUACGUUGAAAUAGUGUCACGGCGCAACAUACUUAUUUACCUCCUGGGUUGAGAUAACGAUGAGCACGAGUGGUAAAACGAAGCACAUGGCGAACACAGUGGAAAGUACCGAAGAACCUACGACGGUGGCGAUGGUUGCUUCGUCGAGCAGGGACGACAUUUGGGACGAUAGUAUCAUCAUCAAAAAGUAUGACGCUUCGCUGGCACUCAUAAAGGAGGAGGUGGCCAAACGGCUAGCAAUGAAGACGAACCGUAAAAACCUUCCGGACGCACCGGGUUGUAGCCGGAAGACUGCCAAAAAGGACUCGGAAUCGGUGACCGAUGGGAUGGGUUCCCCGAGUCAGGAGGAGAAGGGCACGAUGGAAGUGUCGGAACAGGAACUGGUGAACGGUGGCCGCAGUGAGUCGUUCGAGAUCGGUGAUUACGUGCGCGCGACUUACGACGAUGGUGUGGACUAUGAGGCGAAAAUUAUCGGCUUCGGAAGUCACGGUGACUGUCUGAUACGGUACGUGGGCUACAACAACGAGCAGACGGUGCUGAUCGAAGAGCUGGUGCCCUCGUGGGGUCGGAAAGCACGGCGACAGCAGCGUGCCGAGGCGGCCGAAGCGGAAGCGACCGCUGCUGACUCGCAGAUGGACGUCAGUGACGACGAGCGGUUCACGAAGCAGGCGAGCAAAAUCAAGAUCAACUUCGGAUCGCACUUCGGCCGGCCGGGCAUGGGACACGUCGGGAGUAUGGGCAACGGUCGGGUAGGGAUGGGUGGUGGCUUGGGUGGAUCAACCGCAUACAUGGUUCCACCACCACCGCCGAUGCCACCGAUGCUCGAGGAUGCGGACGACGUCGAGUCAGAGAAUCUCUCCGCGAUGCUAAUGUCGUGGUACAUGAGCGGCUACUACACGGGCCUUUACCACGGCCAGCGGAUGUCCCAGCAACAGCAACAACAGCAGACCCAGCAACAGAAACGAGCACGGCAAUCGUAAUCCUGCGGCCAAUCUGUACGAUAGAUUUAGUGAUUUGUUUUACGAUUCGUAGGUUAGUUCCUCGUGCACCGGGAGGCUUUCGGUCGUCUUGAAGGAAUCACCACCACAAUCUAAACCGGCGCACUGGACCGAUCGCCUCCAGGCGCUUCCGCGAGUGCUAGCGAUUCCCAGGUUCCAAGCUUAACUGUUAACGAUCACAACGGCUACCCUUGACAUGUGUCUCUCCCGUCGACUGGUACCUUUUAUUUAUUCCUUUAAGCGCUGCAGGAUUGUAAAAGAAGUGAA